AUGUCUACAUCGUGGUUUCAGAAGACCUUCACACUGCCCUCAAAGUCGCGCGGCUCGUAUCUAGUCACCGAUCAUGUGGUGUCGUCCGUACCGGAGAUUAAGGACUACAAAGUCGGGCUGCUCAAUCUCUUCAUCCAACAUACGUCGUGCGCACUAUCUUUGAAUGAGAAUUGGGACAGUGAUGUGAGGGACGACAUGAGCGAUGCCCUGGACAGAAUAGCUCCGGAAGAUAGGAAGGGCAACCUAUACAGACAUUCCGCAGAAGGAUUGGACGAUAUGCCGGCACACAUAAAAUCUGCGUUGGUCGGUGCAAGCGUGACAAUACCCAUCACAGAUGGGAGCCUGAACACUGGCACCUGGCAAGGCAUCUGGUAUUUGGAGUUCCGGGCAUCAAAGCAUUCAAGAAAAGUAGUCGCAACGAUACAGGGGGAGAAAAGAUGA